UUGCAUAAAAAAAACCCAAUCUUUUUCUCUCUCUCAUUCAACUAAUUCAUCAUCCGCUCCUCAGUGAGACUCCGAAGAACUUAACAAGAUAUGGGUAUCAUCAUUCACUUCAUCAAAUAGUGGAAACCCUUUUGAAAAUGCACCACUGAUCUUUCUAUUCUUUAUAAGAUCUGAUAAGGAUGUGAAAACUCAAAAACCAUAUCUGGGUUUUUUUCGCAAGUAAAAUUAGAUUCAUGGGUUCCUGUUUCAGUUGUGAAGAAGAAGAACUAAAGCACCAACCUCUUGACAAACAGUCUGAACAUGGGUCAUCAAGAUCUACAAAGAAAUCAAGUAAUGGUUUUACCAGAAUAGGGAUUGUAUCAGAAUCAUCAGAUGGAAAUAGUAAAAGCACAAGCAUUAGUAUGAAUGUGCCUCAAAACGUGGUUGAUCUGCGUCAAAAUCCAAGUAGUUAUUGUAAUGUUGAUAUAUUCACUUAUGAAGAAAUGAGGAUUGCCACCAAACAUUUCCGGCCUGAUCGAGUUCUUGGUGAAGGAGGAUUUGGAUUAGUGUAUAGAGGAAUCAUAGAUGAUAAUGUCAGACCUGGUUACAAUAAGACCACUCAUGUUGCUAUAAAGGAACUUGAUCCUGAAAGCCUCCAAGGUGAUCGAGAGUGGCUGGCGGAAGUUAAUUAUCUUGGACAACUUUGUCAUCCGAAUCUUGUGAAGCUCAUUGGUUUUUGUUGUGAGGAUGAUCAUAGGUUAUUGGUGUAUGAGUAUAUGGCAUCAGGGAGUUUGGAGAAUCAGCUAUUUCGUAGAGUUUCUGCUACAAUGAGUUGGUCAAGAAGAAUGAAGAUUGCUCUAGAUGCUGCAAAAGGGCUUGCUUUUCUUCAUGGUGCUGAAAGACCGGUUAUAUAUCGAGAUUUCAAGACAUCAAAUAUCUUGCUAGACGCUGAUUUCAAUGCGAAGCUUUCGGACUUUGGACUUGCGAAAGAUGGGCCAAUGGGAGAUCAAACCCAUGUAUCUACACGAGUGAUGGGAACUUAUGGGUAUGCGGCUCCUGAAUACGUAAUGACAGGUCAUUUGACUGCUAGAAGUGAUGUUUAUGGAUUUGGGGUAGUUUUACUUGAGAUGCUAAUAGGAAGAAAAGCAUUGGACAAGAGUAGGCCAAGCCGAGAACAUAACUUGGUAGAGUGGGCCCGCCCGCUCUUAAACCACAGCAAGAAACUCUUAAGAAUAUUAGACCCGAGAAUAGAAGGGCAGUACUCGAAUAAAGUUGCCAUAAAAGUGGCCAAUUUAGCUUACCAAUGCCUUAGUCAAAAUCCUAAAGGGAGGCCUGUUAUGAGCCAGGUGGUUGAGAUACUCGCGUCUCUUCAGGCCCAAGAACCGAGUCAGGAAGGACAACAAAUCAUCAGUCCUGGCGGAAGCAUAACACUGUAUGAAGCACCCAAACCGAAAGCUGAGAAAAAUAUAGAAGGUGGUGAUAUGCUCGAAAGCAGCAGCCAACCGAUAAAAGAAAUAAGCAAAAGCGAGCUUUCGAAGGAGAAUGAUAGUUGCGAAGUCAAUGCAGUUAUCGUGUAACCGGAUAUAAAUAUGGAUCGUCUUUUUUAUCAUCUUUCUUUUCAUUUUUGGCCGUUAAUAUUUAUUUUGUUGGUUGGUUGUUGUUGUUAUUAUGUCUAGAGGGGGAGGAAUUGAAAAAAAUAGAAAUUUUCAUUGUACCUAUUUAUCAUGUUAAAAUGUAAUGGUGAAGUCUUCAUGAAGAAAACAUUUUACAAGUUUUGAACUUCAUUUA